AUGACGAAACAGGACAGCAAUAAGAAAAAUGGAGAAGCGAGAAAAGAAUGUACCGACAUACGGGAUGUGAUGACGGCGAGGAAAAAGAGAGGCCGAACAGCAAACGCGUCCAAGCAGAAAGGCCAACAAACACAGAGAAACGCCGCAAAUGCCAGGGAACGGUGUCGAAUGAGGGUACUAAGUAAGGCGUUCUCCAGACUCAAAACUACGUUACCGUGGGUACCAGCUGAUACAAAAUUAUCUAAAUUAGACACUUUGAGACUAGCUGCUAGCUACAUAUCUCAUUUAGCACAAUUACUGGCACACGACGACGACCCACAUGAUAUCCAGCCAUUAAACCUGACAUGGCCAUUUUCAAUCAACUCACGAGGUGCCACACUGGAGGAAAUACGCGAAGCAACUGACAACCAACUAUCCGUUCUCAGAGACGACGAACUUCACGACAGAACAACACCACUUAUGUAUUUGUGA